AUGGUCUUCUACACGUCUUGGUUUCUCAUCACCAGAGAGAUAGAGCCUGUCAUUAUCGUUGGUGGCCACCUUAUAGGUGAAGUGACCAAUAAGAUCGUCAAACACAUUGUCAAGCAACCUCGUCCUGACUUCCACAAGGACUUUGGCUCUGGUUCUUAUGGACUUAGCUAUGGCAUGCCUUCAGCACACUCUCAGUUCAUGGGCUUCUUUGCAGCAUACUAUAUAUGUACGAUUUUGAUGAAGGUGCCGCUUCGAAGGUGGCAAAAGGCUAUUGGAGUGGUGGCGCUUGGAACUGCUGCUUUGGGUGUGGCCUUCUCUAGAGUGUACUUGUUGUACCAUACAUCUGAGCAAGUGUUCGUAGGAGUUGUCCUUGGAGCUGUUUUGGGAACGGGGUUCUUUGUGGUUGCUUCGUUGGCUAGAGAUAUUGGGCUUGUUGAUUGGGUGCUUUCGUGGCGUGUGGUGAGGUUGUUCUGGGUUAAAGAUUCGUAUUACCAUAGCUACCAGAGCUUUGAGGAAGAGUUCAAGGCUUGUGAGGAGAGAAAGAACCGCAAGAGAGAGUGA